ACUUGAGAGAGGAGAACGAGGAAAACGCAGUGCUGUUUCGAUGAAACGAUGGAGAAGGUAGACGAUGAAGACGAGAGGAGGGAAGCAGCCAUAGCGUCAUCACUGUCUUUGCAGCCUCAUUUCAAGCCUACUGCCCUCAAGCAGACCCAGCUUUCCAAGUUCCAGGAGCUGCAUCGGAGACGUUUAGAAAUAAAGUCUAAAUCAAAGAUCAAAAAGAAACAAAAAGAUGGUUCUAGCAAAUCACACUGCAAAGACCUGAGAACCAAAGAUUGUGAAGAUGAAGAAUCAAGUGAUCUUGGUUAUAAUUACGAUAACCAAAACAGUUCCAUGUUACAGCAAGAGAGUGGUGCAGCUUAUCUUGUUCCAAAGCAUCGCCAGAAGUUACAUUGGGGGCUCGACACAAAGGAAAGGUGGGAAAGAAAAGCAAACAUGUAAAUGUCAUUUGCUGAUGUUGUUUAGUUUGGACAAGUUGUUGUCAUUUGUGGGAGCACUCUGAAAGUGGUCUCUCGAGUUAUGUGGAUGUAGCUGCACGGUGCUUUGUCUGGGUUUCCUUCGUGUUGAGGGUAGAUCUACCUUAGCAAGAUUACUUAAAUCUUGACAAAUAUUUUCAGCUUUUCUAUCAUGCGCUCAGUCUGAGCUGUUGUGCAUUUGAACAGUACUGAUUAUGAAAUGAUUAAUUAAGAUGAAAAAUAUAGAAAAAUAUAUUUUUUCCACUCAACAAGAUUUUGUAAUGAUCUGUAGGAAUAUAUAUUAUAAUCAAGUCAAUUGCUUGUAAAUUCAUUUCUACAGUAUGAAAAUGAAUCUUCAACUCCUUUUGUCA